UGACGAUUACGAAAUUCCUUUUUCAGUUAGGAAUUGGAAAUUCCUAAUCUCAGCUGUAUUAUGUAAUUUACUCGAGCAAAUUUUUUUUCCUUCACAAUGAGUAUUUUUUGUCAAAAGACUUUUCAGUUACUGGAGGAAUUCCGAAUGGGCAUUGUAAAUUAUAUAUAUGAAUUCGAUUUCAUUUUUAAUCCCAAUAAAAUUCUGAUGUAAUUUUCGGAGUAAUUACUAUCGAUUACUAUAAUUCAGUAUAUUUUUAAGUACUCGAAUAUUGACAGGUUAUGCUGACAAGGGGUAUCGGCGAAGAAGCAAAAUCUUGGCAGCUUUAGGAAAAAUUUUAUACAAGGGCUAAGAAAGCCAAAACCCUGCAAGCUGUCGUCAAGAACAUGGCGUUGGCAUUGAUCUCGCCAGAUGCUCCGUCUCCGUCACUUGUUCGAUGUCGAUUCGAGGGUGACGAAGUACUCCAACCCACAUUUCUCGAGGAUCUGAGAGCUAUCGUUAGGCGAGUCAUUAGACAAAUUGAUAGGGGAUAUCCGGUCCUUUGGAUAAUGGAAAAUGGAGAGAAUGAGAAAGUGAAAAACAAAAACAUAAGUGGUGAACAAUUGGCCAUAAGGCCGCCGACGAAGGAGCGGAGGAAGGAUUUUUUCUCUUCGAAGGCGGAGGCUAACCUGACGAGUUGGGCAUCAGCGGGUAUUGCUGAGUACAGGAGACCAUUAUGAAGAAAGAU